AUGUCAGAGCAUUUCAGGUGGCAGAGGGCGCUGGUGGGCGGUGACCAACUAACCAGCAAGUUGGUUGCAAGGUUCUACGAGCUGCACUACGUGAAGGCGACGCGAGACCGCGUUGAAGGCACCUACACCGGCCUCAAGUCGCGUAAGUUCACCGUUCACGCAAUCUACAAUCGGCCAGCCCUGCGCCGACGUGUCAACCGAUCCGCCAGCGUUGGCAUUUCGUUGACGUCGGCUUGGCCUUCCUUUGCUUUCAGACAAUAUUCUCUAACAAAACGUCUUGCAGAACAGGCCUGGCCGUCCAGGAGACUCGUUUGUCCUGUCAUCAAACCGCCCCCAGACCUCCUAUUCUGCGUGGUGGCAACAUGCCAGAAGUGUACACCGCCCGACCACGAUUCUGGUUGA